GCGGAAGCUGUCGGUGCAGCUGCUCCGGCCUGUGCGGGUGAGGCGGCGCGGUGCGGUGCGGCGCGGCAUGGCUCACCCUUCGCCCAGAGUCAAGCCGGCUAAUGCGGCCAACCCGCGGGUCUUCCUGGAUGUGAGCGUGGGGGGAGAGUUAGUUGGACGAAUAGUUCUGGAGCUGUUUGCAGAUGUUUGUCAAACAGCUGAGAAUUUUCGUGCAUUAUGCACUGGAGAGAAGGGAAUUGGACCAACACGGGAAAACCUCUGCUUCAAAGGCUGCCCCUUCCACAGGAUUAUAAAGAAGUUUAUGAUCCAAGGAGGAGAUUUUUCCAAUCAGAAUGGAACUGGAGGAGAAAGUAUCUAUGGAGAGAAAUUUGAAGAUGAAAAUUUUAAUUACAAGCAUGAUCAAGUAGGACUACUUAGCAUGGCCAAUGCAGGACCAAAUACCAAUGGUUCGCAGUUCUUCAUCAUAACUGUGCCUACUCCUCAUCUGGACAACAAACAUGUGGUUUUUGGUCAGACGCUGAAGGGAUUGGGAGUGGUAAAGAUGCUGGAAAACGUUGAAGUGAAAGCUGAGAAGCCUGUAAAGCAAUGUAUUAUAGAAAACUGUGGAGAACUUAAAGAAGGAGAUGAUUUUGGUCUAGCUCCUGCUGAUGGAUCAGGGGAUGCAUACCCAGACUUUCCAGAAGAUAUUGAUGGAGAUGUAAAUAAUGUUGAUACUGUUUUUCGGAUUGCAGAAGACUUAAAGAAUCUAGGAAAUAAUUUCUUUAAAUCCCAGAACUGGAUCAUGGCAGGCAAGAAAUACUCCAAGGCUUUAAGAUAUAUAGAUGCAUUAAGAGAUGAAAUUAAUCAAGAAUCAACAGAGAAGACAGAUUCCGUUACAAAACUGGACCCUGUUGCACUGAGUUGUCAUCUGAACAUAGCUGCGUGCAAGCUGAAACUUUCUGACUGGGACGGUGCCAUUGAAAGCUGUGACGAGGCUUUGGCGAUUAAUCAAUCAAACACGAAGGCACUUUACCGAAGGGCUCAGGCUUGGCAAGCAAAGAAGGAUUAUGACCAGGCACUGAAUGAUCUUAAGAAGGCUCAGGAAAUAACACCUGAAGACAAAGCUGUAAACAAUGAAAUACUCCGAGUGAAGCAAAAGAAAAAGGAAGAGAAAGAGAAGGAAAAGGCAACUUAUGCAAAAAUGUUUGCUUGAUGAUUUGAUUUUGUUUUACAGUUCAAAACAGCCCCCAGGUUGUUUUUUUUUGGUCUUAAUUUUCUUGAGGGCAGUGUUGUUUGUUUGGAUCUGUAGUCUGUCAGAUAAUGUGUAUUGUAAAUGGAAAACAAUAGAGACUAGAUGUGAAUAAACAUUUGAGAUUUAGCUGCACUACUUGUAAUAGAAUUGUUAAAUAUUAAAAUACAUAUUGAAAACAAAGGUUUGAGCUGUUUUCUUGUCAUCUACGUUGAUAUUUCUGUUAUAGCUGUCUUCACAGUAGUUGCAUAAAAGAAAUAAUACAUGGAAGAAGAAUUGUUCUGCCUUUAACUUACCAUUGUCAUUUGAAAGAACUCAGUGAGUUAGUUUACAAAGCUUAAUAUAUGACAUAAGCAAAGCUUAUUGUGUUUAUUUAGUUCAUGGGGUCAAAGUUUAAAAGUUAUCAACGUAAUAUUUUUACAGCGUUGAUUUGAACCAACUUGAUUAUAAAUUGAACAUUAAAGGUGAAUUGCAAUUCAAGUGCAACAUUCUAGCUAUGCUUGGAGCACAAAAUGGGUAAUCUACCCUCUUUAUUGGGAAAAACUGACCACUUUUUGCUCUGACAAAUGUUCAUCUGCUGUCAAUUUUACUGUCCUUGAAAAUGACAUUUUGUUGGACAUUGAUCCAGUUGUCAUUCAAUUCCUGUAACUUUUCACUUUUCUUUUUCUCUGCAAAAACACACAAUAACACAAACAUUUUAUAAUAAUCACAGCAAUAUUAGAAGCUAUUGUACUCAAUAUUUCAGCAAGUGGUUUAAUGAGGGGUACAAUUUGAUCAACUAUUCUUUAUUCACUGGUGCUGCUACAUUGUAUUUCUAGCAAAUGAUGACUAAUGUCUCUAUCCUUCUGGCAGACUGGUGUUCUGACCAUCAGUAUUUAAGACUAUUUAUAAAUUCAUCAAACUCCACUUGGAUUGUAUUUUCCCAAAUACAAUUAAAGCAUAAGUUGAAGCUUU